GACAGAAGCUAUGCUAAAAUAAUCGAAUCUCUAUGAACAGACCGACUAUCUUGACAGCUCUUUUCAUGGAUAGAAAUUCAUCAGAAUGUGGGCCUAUUACGUUAAGGACAACCUACCAGCAGGACCCGAUCAGCCAGCUAAUUAAACGAUAUUGACUCCGUAUGCCUUGGCAAUAUGCUUCGCUUGAGUAUCGGACCUCUCAAGGGGAAAGCUCUGGAAGUUAAUGCAAAGAAUGCCUCUCACAUCCUGGCCUUGACACAAAACCUGGCCUCUCAGUGUGGAUUCAGUGUAAAAAUGGAUUCAAUGGGAAAUGCCAUGAUCUUUGCCUCCCUUCAAAAUUGUUUUGUCCAAAACUCGACUGCUACUGCUUCAGGUUAUAGUGUCACUACAGUGGUCUUCACGAUUCCGGAACAAAGGGUCGUGAAGAUUGACCAAGUCCAAAGAACUGGUUAUGGUAUAACCAACUCUCCCACACGACUUGUUCUGCGAAGCCCACUUAACGCACCUGAAACGUUCUUCCAGAAUGUAGCAGGGGUACCAAUGGCUGUGCUCAAAACCUCCACCAUCUUGGAGAAUACAUUGUUGUCUACUCAAAUAGAUUCUUCUGUUGCUUGCCCAACACCAGGAAGUGUCUCCUUUACGCCAAAUAUGAUCACCUGGUCUGUGCCCCGGCGCAUCGACCCUCUGGUAUCUUCCUGCAACUUCCAGCUCAAGGAAGUGUUCUUAGGGGUGGAAGGCAUGAGGCUGAGCCCUGGUGAAGUUAUGGCCAGAGGAUACUCCUUGUCGCUGAACAAGAUGCAUAUUAUCCUUCAGAUUCCAGUUGGUGCUGUUGGAGGUUACUUUAAGAGCAAUGUCAAAAAUGGUCAGUACCUCACCACAUACUCUAUUGAGCCCAUGCUUGAGAUUCUGUGGACUGAGGAUGAUCCUCCUAAAGACACUAAAUACAAAGUCCUCUUCCCAAUCACCACUCCCCCUAUAAUCAGUCCUCUACAACUGGUUGACCGUAUUGUUCCUGAAGAGGGGGUAUUCAAGGUGGAAUUGGGGACUUUCCUCCAAGAUGUGGAGCUGAUGAACAUCACAUUUCUUGAUGGGGUCCUUUCUGUAGCUGAGUGUAAUGAUCGAGGUUUUAACAUUGAAGAACUCCGUUUCCCCAAUGGGUCAAAGUCCAUUGCACUUACCGUGCCCUUCACUGACCGUGCUGUCUUAAAUAAGAUGGAUGCUCGGAAUGUCAUCUACACUCUUCACAUGGUCUUUGGCUUGGCGGUGUUGCCUGAGUAUUCUUCAUUUACUUACACUGCAGUUACAGAAGUGUCAGUGAAGGGAAUUGUUCCAGCUUAUAUCACUGGAACCUGUGAUCAUGAGAACUUUCAUGUCACUGUCAAGUCUGGGAAUCAAGUCCAGAACUUAAAAAUUGUAGUCGGGCAGCGUCUGCUGACACCUGAGAUUGCUGAGCAGUAUCGCAUUGUUACAGAGGGUGCACACAUCUUUAUCACAGUGCCGUUCUAUGCCCCUGAUACUGUAUUUGAGGUGAUUGAGUCAUCGUCCAUCCGAAGCAAGCUACAUAUGUCUCUGAGAGAUCCAGUCACUAUGAACAUCCAACACUUCUCCUUGUCUUGCAGCUUCCUCUCUGGACUGACUGAAUGUUUUGCCAAUGGGACGAUUGCUGCAGUGGCUGCAAAGAUUGAAUCUGUUCCAAGUAUGAUUCCCAGUCAACUGACCCUAAAAGACCCUGCCUGUGGACCAGCCUACAGCGAUGACCGCAUUGCUCGUUUUCUUUUCACUGGACGCUCCUGUGGCACUACUAGAAAAUUUAUAUCCAGUGUCAUGCUGUAUGAGAAUGAAAUCUCGUUACCUUCUAAACCGGUUGCAGGAAAUGGAUUCCAGAUGGAAGAGCCACAAUAUAUGUUGAAAGUUUUCUGCUACUACAUGGUAAAUGCAACACGCAGUGCAGCUUUCCUCACCAACCCACGCAACAAUGACCCCCAUGUUCUUACCACCAGAAGCCAACUGCGGGUCAUAAUGAGACUUGCUGAAGACAUCUCUUACAACUUGUUCCAAGAGAUGGAGGAAUUCCCACUUGUGAUGAAUCUGAGGGAGCCGCUGUAUUUUGAGGUAGAGGUGGAGGUGCCCAUGAACUCUGAUCCUAGGGUGGUGCUGAAGUUGGAGUAUUGCUGGGCUACCCUCAAAGAGGACAGGAAAUCCCAGCCCAGAUGGAACCUCAUCAUUAAUGGCUGUGAGAACACGGAAGACCCAUUCCAGGUUGUAUUCCACCCUGUGUCAGCUGAUGCUCGAGUCCAGUACCCCUCUCAUUUCAAGCGAUUUGAAGUCCAGAUGUUCUCCUUCAUGGAUGAGGACAACCCAAGUUACCUGGUAUAUGUCCAUUGUGACGUGGUCAUCUGUGAUGCCACGUUUCCCAGUGAUGGACUCUGUAGUGAGCAGUGUGCAAACAAGAACACAAAAGGUCAAAGACAUGCAUUUUCAGAAGGGGACAGUUCAGAACAUGUCACAUCAGGACCCAUUCUGAUGUUCAAAUAAAGUUUUUAUAGACUAUUACACUAUCUAUUCAGUGGAGUGAAUAAUUGUUUUUGCUAUACUAUCGCUAUUUGUUUUGAGGUAAGCGGUCCUGGAAUUUAUGAAUUGCCAUUUCAAGGCAUUGAUUAGCAGGAAGAACUGACAAUGGGCCCCUUGGUGUUUCUAAAUGAAGAACAACUGGAAACGCUAUGGCGGUAUUCUGACCCUACCCCUGUUAUUCAGCUGUUAACCUACACAAUGCAAUAUAUAAAGUAUUCAGACCCUUUAGUACUUUUGUAAACGUUGUCUACAACUGGGUCUAUUUUGGUAUGCCUCUACUUUCUUUUCAGACCCCCGGACAUCCUUUAGGUAGACUCACUGUCAAAUUGGAUUUUUUAUAUUUUUUUUUCUGCAUUCAUGUCAGUUAGACCAGAUUAGAUUAAGUGCAGGAUUUCUGGCAGGCUGUUAUGUAUUUGUAAGGAAUAACUUCUAAUCCCCUCUACCAUAAACACCUGAUUGAUGGAUUGCUGCAGAGAUGGACGUUUUUAUGGUUAGGUCUAUG